AUGUCUGCCUCCGAUGCUCAGGUCACCCCGAUGUCUCUGGUGUUCACAGUCCUGGAGGUCCCUGUUAGCUAUGAGACUUUGCAGGUUGAUCUGGUAGUUUUUGGUAGUCUAAGGCCUCUGGGAUUUCAAGUAGACACUGUUUUCCCUGGGUGGCAGCAGCCUUCCAUGUUUGCAGACAGAGACUCUCUGUCAAGUGAUUAUACCAAGGAGCUACUCCCCAAAGGACAUACACAGGAUUACUUCCAGGACAAAAUAACAGGAAGAUUUGUAUGUAGUAGCCUUUCAGAUCUCUUUGGAAAGUUUUUCUGGGAAUAUAGACAUGAUAGUGCAGACUAUGAAAUAUAUGAUCAUGUAAAUGAUCAAUUUGAAAAGCACAUCUUUUUCAUUUUUGAAAAUUAUCAAGAAGCCCUAACUUCCCUUGAUAGGAGUCAAUCUGGGUCACUCUCAUAUUCACAACUGGAGGAUUAUCUAGGAAAAAAAAAUCACAAAAUUUGAAGCACAACUAUUUUACACAGAAAUACAAGUAUUAAAAGUGACAUUUGGGUGAAUAAGUUGUGUUUCCUGAUGUAUAUAUUACAGAAUAUGAGAUUAAACAGUGCUUCAGUGCUUUAUGAACAAAUGAUAUUGUGGAGCAGAGAAAAACGUAAUGAAUGUCAUCAAGGUGAAGGAAUCUUCUCUCAAAAUUUAUGGCAUUUCCUAGAACGUUGUGGGAAAUGCCAUAAAUUUUGAGAGAAAAACCUACUCAGUGACAAGUUAUAUGAUGUAGAUCAACAUAAGAAAGAAUCUAUGAAUGCAAUGAAUCAUGGAAGAUAUAAUGUGGGAGGUAAUUUUAAAAGUUCUAACACAAUAAAUGAUAUUAAUAUAGGCUGUGUUAAGGAGGCUUUAAUAAUGUAUUACAUAAACAAUCAAUAUAUAGAGAUAUUAUAUCAAGGUAAUGACUUAUUAGAAGAUUCUAUUUGUAAAACAAAUCCAAGUGAAAAUCAGAUAAGCAACUUUAUUCCAGUUCAUUAUAGCAAUCUUAGAAAAAUGGCUAUCUCUAAUCAAUGCUCCCAAUCUUCUUCACAACAGCAUACUACAGAGAAAUAUUGUAUAAAUGAAAAUAAGAAUGUCAUUUUAAAUGAAUCGUCAAUUCAUAGCUGGUAUACUGGACAAUGGAUUAAUGGAGAGUCCAAGAGAUAUCUCUAUGAUACAUACAUGGAUGCCUCGAAUGAAUCAUUAAAUUUAAAGAAAGCACAGAAAGUAAAUAAAUGUAAUAAGUAUGGGAAAUCAUUUAUACAGUCCUCAAAUCUUCAAGCUUAUUAUAGAACUCCUACCCAAGAGACACCUUACAAAUGUAAUGAACUUAGAACAUUGUUUACUUGUUCCUCAAGUCUCAAAGUGAGCCAUGAAACCUGUACAGGAGAAAGACUUCAUAAAUCUAAUAACUGCGGAAAAUCAUUUUCACAGUCCUCAAAAUUUCAAGUUCACUACAGAAUCCACACAGGAGAGAAACCUUACAAAUGUAACAAAUGUGGGAAAUCUUUUACACAAUCCUCAAAAUUUCAAGUUCACUACAGAAUCCAUACAGGAGAAAGACCUUACACAUGCAAUGAAUGUGGCAAAUCUUUUAGACAGAACAAAGUUCUUAAAAUUCACUACAGAAUUCAUACAGGAGAGAAACCUUACAAAUGUAACAAAUGUGGGAAAUCUUUUACACAAUCCUCAAUGUUUCAAGUUCACUACAGAAUCCACACAGGAGAGAAACCUUACAAAUGUAAUGAAUGUGGGAAAUCUUUUAUCCAGAACUCAAAACUUCAGGUUCACUACAGAAUCCAUACAGGACAGAAACCAUACAAAUGUAAUGAGUGUGAGAAAUCUUUUACACAAUCCUCAAAUCUUCAAGUUCACUACAGAAUCCAUACAGGAGAAAAGCCUUACAAAUGUAAUGAAUGUGGCAAAUCUUUUACAAGGAACACAAACUUUAAAGUUCACUACAGAAUCCAUACAGGAGAAAAACCUUACAAAUGUAAUGAGUGUGACAAACAUUUUACACAGUCCUCCAAACUUCAAGUUNACUUUAAAGUUCACUACAGAAUCCAUACAGGAGAAAAACCUUACAAAUGUAAUGAGUGUGACAAACAUUUUACACAGUCCUCCAAACUUCAAGUUCACUACAGAAUCCACACAGGAGAGAAACCUUACAAAUGUAACAUAUGUGGGAAAUCUUUUACACAGAACGCAGAUCUUAAAGUUCACUAUAGAACUCAUACAGGAGAGAAACCUUUCAAAUGUAAUGAAUGUGGCAAAUCUUUUACAAGGAACACAUACUUUAAAGUUCACUACAGAAUCCAUACAGGAGAAAAACCUUACAAAUGUAAUGAAUGUGGCAAAUCUUUUACACAGAACUCAGAGCUUAAAGUUCACUACAGAAUCCAUACAGGAGAAAAGCCUUACAAAUGCAAUGAAUGUGGCCAAUGUUUUACACAGAACAUAGUGCUUAAAAAUCACUACAGAAUUCAUACAGGAGAGAAACCUUACAAAUAUAACAAAUGUGGGAAAUCUUUUACACAAUCCUCAAAAUUUCAAGUUCACUACAGAAUCCAUACAGGAGAGAUGCCUUACAAAUGUACUGAAUGUGGCAAAUCUUUUACACAGUACAAAGUGCUAAAUGUACACUACAGCAACCAUACAGGAGAGAAGCCUUACAAAUGUAAUGGAUGUGGCAAAUCGUUUACAAGGAACACAGACUUUAAAGUUCACUAUAGAAUCUACACAGGAGAGAAGCCUUACAAAUGUAAUGAAUGUGGCAAAUCUUUUAUCCAGAACUCAGAGCUUAAAGCUCAGUACAGGAUCCACACAGGAGAGAAACCUUACAAAUGUAAUGAAUGUGGGAAAUCUUUUAUCCAGAACUCAAAACUUCAGGCUCACUACAGAAUCCAUACAGGACAGAAACCACACAAAUGUAAUGAGUGUGGGAAAUCUUUUACACAACCCUCAAAUCUUCAAAUUCACUACAGAAUCCAUACAGGAUAAAAGCCUUAUAAAUGUAAUGAAUGUGGCAAAUCUAUUACACAGAAGAAAGUGGUACAAGUUCACUACAGAAUUCAUGCAUAAGAGAAACCUUACAAAUCUAAUGAAUGUGGGAAAUACUUUGCACAUAACACAGAGCUUAAAUAUCACUGAAGAAUUCAUACAGGAGAGAAGCCUUACAAAUGUAAUGAAUAUGGGAAAUCUUUUACACAGAACACAGGGCUUAAAUUUCACUACUAA